AUGACAAGAAGGUAUUGGAAUAUCAAUUUGGAAGAGAUGAUGGAAGCGGGAGUUCAUUUUGGUCAUGGUACUAGGAAAUGGAAUCCUAGGAUGGCACCUUAUAUUUCUGCCAAGCGUAAAGGUAUUCAUAUUACAAAUCUUACUAAAACUGCUCGUUUUUUAUCAGAAGCUUGUGAUUUAGUUUUUGAUGCAGCAAGUAGGGGAAAACAGUUUUUAAUUGUUGGUACCAAGAAUAAAGCAGCUGAUUCAGUAGCACGGGCUGCAAUAAGGGCUCGAUGUCAUUAUGUUAAUAAAAAGUGGCUCGGUGGUAUGUUAACGAAUUGGUCCACUACAGAAACGAGACUUCAUAAGUUCAGGGACUUGAGAACGGAACAAAAGGCGGGGAGACUCAAUCGUCUUCCGAAAAGAGACGCAGCUAUGUUGAAGAGACAAUUAUCUCACUUGCAAACAUAUCUGGGCGGGAUUAAAUAUAUGACGGGGUUACCUGAUAUUGUAAUUAUUGUUGAUCAACAAGAAGAAUAUACGGCUCUUCGAGAAUGUAUCACUUUGGGAAUUCCAACAAUUUGUUUAAUCGAUACAAAUUGUGACCCGGAUCUUGCAGAUAUUUCGAUUCCAGCAAAUGAUGACGCUAUAGCUUCAAUCCGAUUAAUUCUUAACAAAUUAGUAUUUGCAAUUUGUGAGGGUCGUUCUAGCUAUAUACGAAAUCCUUGA